AUGUCGGCGAAAGCCAUCUCAGAGCAGACAGGAAAAGAGUUCUUGUAUAAGUAUAUCUGCACUUCAGCGGCCGUGCAGAACCGCUUCCGCUAUGCCACUGUAACCACUGAAACUGACUGGGAUCACCUCACCCAGGAGCACCCAUGGCUGCUGACAGAGCGGCUGGUGGUGAAGCCAGAUCAGCUAAUCAAGCGGCGCUGGAAGCUCGGGCUGGUGGGCAUCAACCUGGACCUGCAGGGUGUCCAGGAGUGGCUCAAAGCCUGGCUCAUGAGAGAGACCACUGUGGGAAAGGCAAAGGGUGUGCUGAAGAACUUCCUCAUUGAGCCAUUUGUUCCACACACACAGGAGGAGGAGUUUUAUGUGUGUAUCUAUGCCACACGUGAGGGCGACCAUGUGCUUUUCCACCAUGAGGGAGGAGUGGAGGUUGGUGACGUGGAUGCCAAGGCCCAGAGGCUCAUGGUUGCAGUGGAUGACAAGCUGAGUGAGGACCAAGUCAGAGAGCAGCUUCUCACGCACGUUCCUGAUGAUAAGAAAGAAGUCCUCGCCAAUUUUGUUGUGGGCCUCUUCAACUUAUAUGAGGACCUCUACUUCACCUAUCUUGAGAUCAACCCCCUCGUCGUCACCCAAGAUGGAGUGUACAUCCUUGACAUGGCUGCAAAGAUUGAUGCCACAGCAGAUUACAUCUGCAAGGCUAAAUGGGGUGAUGUGGAGUUUCCACCACCUUUCGGCAGAGAGGCUUAUCCAGAGGAGGCCUACAUAGCAGAUCUGGAUGCUAAGAGUGGUGCCAGUCUGAAGCUGACCCUGCUGAACCCUCGUGGCAGAAUCUGGACCAUGGUGGCCGGGGGAGGAGCAUCGGUUGUCUACAGUGACACCAUCUGUGACCUGGGUGGGGUGGAUGAGCUGGCAAACUAUGGUGAAUACUCUGGUGCACCCAGUGAACAGCAGACCUACGACUACGCAAAAACCAUCCUCUCUCUCAUGACACGUGAAAAACAUCCUCAAGGGAAAGUGCUGAUCAUCGGAGGAAGUAUUGCCAACUUUACUAACGUAGCAGCCACAUUCAAGGGCAUUGUCAGGGCCAUCAAAGACUACCAAGGUCCUCUUAAAGAGCAUGAGGUCACUAUCUUUGUUCGACGUGGUGGACCCAACUACCAAGAGGGGCUGAGGGUGAUGGGGGAAGUGGGGAAGACCACAGGGAUUCCUAUCCAUGUGUUUGGUACUGAAACCCAUAUGACAGCCAUCGUGGGAAUGGCCCUGGGCCACCGGCCAAUCCCUAACCAGCCCCCAAUGGACGCACACACUGCAAACUUCCUCCUCAAUGCCAGCAACAGUGCAAUGACUCCAGCUACAACAAGGACAGCUUCGUUCUCUGAACCCAGGACGUCCAAUGAUGCCACCCCAGCGAAAAAGUCUAAAGCAGGUCUUCCAGCAGCCAAAGCCACUACACUCUUCAGAAAACACACUAAGGCCAUUGUAUGGGGCAUGCAGACACGUGCUGUGCAAGGCAUGCUGGACUUUGACUACGUAUGCUCCCGGGACGAGCCUUCUGUGGCAGCCAUGGUCUAUCCCUUCACUGGGGAUCACAAGCAGAAGUUCUACUGGGGCCACAAAGAAAUCCUGCUUCCAGUCUAUAAGAGCAUGGCUGAUGCAAUGAAGAAGCAUCCGGAGGUGGACGUCUUGAUCAGCUUUGCGUCACUGCGCUCAGCCUUCGACAGCACAGUGGAGGCCAUGCAGUAUCCACAGAUUCACACUAUUGCCAUUAUAGCUGAGGGCAUCCCUGAAGCACAGACAAGGAAGAUGAUCAAGAUGGCUGAUGAGAAAGGUGUCACAAUCAUUGGCCCCGCCACGGUUGGUGGCAUCAAGCCAGGCUGUUUUAAGAUUGGCAACACAGGUGGCAUGCUGGACAACAUCCUGGCUUCCAAACUUUACCGUCCUGGCAGCGUGGCGUAUGUGUCACGCUCUGGGGGCAUGUCCAACGAGCUGAACAACAUCAUCUCCCGCACAACAGACGGCGUCUAUGAAGGUGUGGCCAUCGGAGGAGACAGAUAUCCAGGCUCCACCUUCAUGGACCACGUCCUUCGCUACCAAGACACUCCAGGGAUCCAGAUGAUAGUGGUGCUAGGAGAGAUUGGAGGCACAGAGGAGUACAAGAUCUGUCAAGGCAUCAGAGAGGGUAGGAUAACCAAGCCUGUGGUUUGCUGGUGUAUUGGAACCUGCGCCACCAUGUUUGCUUCAGAGGUUCAGUUUGGACAUGCAGGAGCCUGUGCCAACCAGGCCUCAGAAACAGCGGUAGCCAAGAACCAGGCUCUGAGGGAUGCUGGAGCUUAUGUUCCCAAGAGCUUUGAUGAGCUAGGGGAUGUCAUUAGGACGGUUUACGAUGAACUGGUGGCCAAUGGUACCAUCAUUCCUGCCCAGGAGGUUCCUCCACCAACAGUACCUAUGGAUUACUCUUGGGCCAGGGAGCUAGGCCUGAUCCGUAAGCCAGCCUCAUUCAUGACGAGCAUCUGUGAUGAGCGAGGACAGGAGCUCAUCUACGCUGGCAUGCCAAUCACUGAAGUCUUUAAAGAAGAGAUGGGUUUAGGAGGAGUGCUGGGCUUGCUCUGGUUCCAACGCAGGUUGCCACGCUACGCCUGCCAGUUCAUUGAAAUGUGCCUGAUGGUGACUGCAGACCACGGGCCAGCUGUCUCUGGUGCACACAACACCAUUGUCUGUGCUCGUGCUGGCAAAGACCUUAUCUCAAGCCUCACCUCUGGCCUACUCACCAUUGGGGACCGUUUUGGAGGUGCUCUGGAUGCUGCUGCGAAGCAGUUCAGCAAGGCAUUUGACAGUGGUAUGCUGCCCAUGGAGUUUGUCAACAAGAUGAAGAAGGACGGGAAGCUGAUCAUGGGCAUCGGCCACAGGGUCAAAUCGAUCAACAACCCAGACAUGCGGGUGCAGAUUCUGAAGGACUUUGUUAAGCAGCAUUUCCCUUCCACCCAGCUACUUGAUUACGCCCUAGAUGUAGAGAAAAUCACCACCUCAAAGAAACCCAACUUGAUCCUCAACGUAGACGGUUUUAUUGGUGUUGCCUUUGUGGACCUGCUCAGGACGUGUGGCGGCUUCACACGAGAUGAAGCUGACGAGUUUGUGGAGAUCGGUGCACUAAAUGGGAUCUUUGUCCUUGGCCGGAGUAUGGGCUUCAUUGGCCAUUACCUGGACCAGAAGAGGCUGAAACAGGGUCUGUACCGCCACCCCUGGGACGACAUCUCUUAUGUGCUUCCUGAACAUAUGUCCAUGUAAUCCCAACAACACAGAAUGGGGUGUACUUCCUGAUGUGACUGCCCAUCUCACUUAAUGUACAUUAUGUACUCUCCGGUUAUGACAACAGCUGCCUUCGGAAAAAUGGGCAGGGUGACUCUGGAUAGUAGAACUACUGUCUGUCUGAGGGAUCUGGGUAGAAGUUUUCGAUCUAGUUUUUACGGAGAAAAAGGGGAAGUAUAUUUUUAGAUUUAGUUUUUGACAAAUUAUUUAAAAAGUCUGAUAUGUAACUUAUUCAGUUUUGAACAAAGAGCCAAACCAAUGCAAACUACAGCAAUUGCAGGAGCACAACAUCUAUUGGUACUUAAAAUCACUAAGAGAUCUGUUUUGCAUAGUUGGUACUAGGGCAGGAUUCAAAGCACAUUUCAAGCCUGACUCUGUAUUACAGAGUCUGAUUAAACCACAGUAACAGCUGCUGAUGUGAAAUUUCUUCAAGCUCAGCAAUACAGUAACAUUUCUUUUUUUAUAUCACCUGUAAAAAUUAACCAUGAUUUAUUUUAAUCAGCAUUUUCCUGCUUCAGGCCACAAAGUGCGCUUAAAGCAUGCUUUCUGAGUCUUGCACCUUAGUUUAAACACUAGCAAAUCUAGGACUAAUAAGUUUUUAAAUUCCUUCUCCAAGUUUCACUCCCACUGAGAAAGAUCUUUGUCAUCACAAAAUAAACCAAAGUUAUUUUUAGGUAUGUAUUGUCUUUGUUAAAAGCGAAAAAAACAGGAUCCAGUGGUAGAUAUUACAGAGCUUAUCUAGAUCUUACGUUUUGAGAAGUAGGCACAGUAAUGGGAUAAAAGGAAUCAAACAAAAACACAAUAAUCUAAGUGUCACUCCACCAUUGCCUUUCCUACAACAACCCUGUUCACAACCUCGGUUGUAGACAAAUGGUUGAUACUCCUCAGCUACUGUAAAUUAGGUGCCGUUUUAAGGAUGUUCAAGUCUUUUACACCAAAUACAAAUUGAACUACUUGUGUUGCUACUCUGAAUAACUGUAAGAAAACAGGGAAAUGUAGAAGCAUCAAAAGGGAACACACGAAAAGCUUCAUGAAUGAGCCCUGUGAAUCUUGAAAGUAUCUUUUGGCGAGGGACCAUGAGAGCAGUUUGCUUUAUUUUGGGAAAUAAUUGCACCUAAAAGAUGUGUCAACUCUAAAAGAAUUGUUAAAAUUAAGACUGGACACUAACUUAGAACGCUUUGUAACUGCCCACUGUACGGCCUGCUGUGUUUGAUCUUUGUUUUGCUGUUUUUAUUUAACUGUGAAAAAAUGCUUUGUUUUUGUAAUAUGCUGUCAUAUAGUGGUAUAAUAAUAAAGAACUUAUUGUUUUACUUUUCA